AUGCAUUAUUCAAUUAAAAUUCAUAAUAUAAAAGCUUAUGAUUUAUCCUUAAAAAAAGAAAAUCAUAAUGCAAAUAAUAUAAAUAUUGAUCCAUAUGUUAAAUUAAAAUUUGAUCAAUUUAAAAAAUUUAAAACUGAAUCAAUUAGUAAAAGUAUUACACCAACAUGGAAAUUUGAGCAAACAUUUCAUAUACCAAUAAUGAAAGAUCAAGAUUUAAAGAAUAAAAAAGUUGAAAUUGAUUGUUAUGAUUCAUGUGUUAUUGGCGGCGAUAAUCUUAUUGGUGGUUGCUCUAUUGAUUUCUUUACAGUCUUAAAUGGUCCAGUUCAUCAUAAAUUAGUUUUAAGAAAUAAAGGUGUUGCUAAUGGAACAAUUGAAUUCGACUUGGAAAUGUCUGAAUUUUUAGAGACUAAAUUAACAUUUAGAAACCUUAAAACUUCAUAUUAUGCUGGUGCUUUACCAAUUACUUCAACCGAUCAAUCAAUUGAAAAAUAUUUAUUUUAUUAUAUUUUAAAUUCUUCAAAACUUCAAAAAGUUACAAAAACAUUAAAAACAAAAAAAUCAAAUAAUUUGAUAUGGGAAGAUAUUGACCAAAUCAUUUAUACUAUAGGAUUGAAAGAGUUGAUGAUUUGUCCAAUUAUAUUCAACAUUUUACAAUAUAAAAAUUAUAAUGGUGAGACUGACCCAUCAUUAGGUCAAGUUACAAUUACAUUAAGUUCAAUUGUUUUCGAUCCAAAGCAAAUCACUGGCCCAUCAUAUGGUGGUGUAGAUCAAAAGAUGGUUUCAUUUGUUGAGCCAAUCAUCCACCAAAAUCAAGUCGUUGGUAUAAUGGAAGGUGAAAUUUACUUUGAAAAUGUUUCUCAAUUUAUUCAAUUACAAGAUUGUGUUCAUACUGAAACUGGUAUUCAAUCAUUUAAUGGUACAAACUAUCCAAUUAAACAACAAUCACAACCACAACCAGUUUAUAAUAAUACUACAAAUAUUAAUACCAUUUCACAAUCACCACCAAAAUCAUUUAUACAACAAUCACCACCACAACAACAACCAUUUAUACCACAACAAUCACAAUCUCAACCACAACCAUUUGUAUCACAAUCACCACAACAACCAUUUGAACCACAACAAUCACAACCAUUUGUACCACAACAAUCACAACCAUUUGUACCACAACAAUCGCAAUCUCAACCACAACCAAUUGAACCACAACCACCACAACCAUUUGCACCACAACAACAACAACAACAACAACAACAACAACAACAACAACAACAACAACAACAACAACAACAACAACAACAACAACAACAAAAAUAUCAAGGACCAGAAUGGACAGAUCCAAGAUUACCAAGUGGAUGGGUAAUUAGACAAGAUCAAAGUGGUAAACAAUAUUAUGUUGAUCACAACACAAAGAGUGCUCAUUGGACUUUACCACCACAUAUUGCUGUAUUAUUAAAUCAACCAUCAACUUCAAAUGCUACUACACCACUUCAACCAAUGAAACCAAUUCAACAACAAGGAUAUGUCUAUCCACAACAACAACAACAACAACAACAAGCAGUAGCUGGAUAUCCAGGUGCUGUUCAAUAUGGUAGCUAUCCUCAACCACAACAAGGUUAUGUAUACCCACAAUACUAUCAACAAUAUCCAACUUCUACUUAUAUGAUGUCUUAUCCUUCUUCAAGUUGCCACAGUCGUCAUCAUCAUUGCUAA